CGGCAGCCCCGGGCGGCCCCGCAGCAGCCCGGCCAUGCCGCCCGGCCGUGCGGGCGGUAAGGCGGCCGUGGUGCUGCAGUGCGAGUGGCAGCAGUGCUCCUUCGUGGCCUCGGGCAUGGAGGAGUUCUGCGCGCAUGUGGCGCAGCACCUGCAGCAGCACCUGCCCGGCUCUGGUGAGAUGAACGCCGAGAUGGACCCGCUGGAGGAGUACACGUGCCUGUGGCAGGACUGUGGUUUCUGCUCCCCGGCGAGCUCGGCCGAGCUGGUGCGCCACGUCUACUUCCACUGCUACCACACCAAGCUGAAGCAGUGGGGGCUGAGGGCCCUGCAGGGCCAGGCAGAGCUCAGCCACUGCCAGCUGGACUUCCAGAGCCACAACAUCAUCCCCGAGCUCCAGGAGAGCUUCCUGUGCCUCUGGGAGUACUGCGAGAGGUCGUUUGACAACCCCGAGUGGUUCUACCGGCACGUGGAAGAUCACAGCUUCUGCUCCGAGUACAAGGCAGCAGGGAAGGAGAACCACGUGCUGCUCUGUGGCUGGAAAGACUGCAACUGCAGCUUCAAGGGCCGCUGCAAGCUGCGGGAGCACCUGCGCAGCCACACGCAGGAGAAGGUGGUGGCCUGUCCCACCUGCGGGGGGAUGUUUGCCAACAACACCAAGUUCUUCGACCACAUCCGCCGCCAGACCGCCCUGGAGCAGCAGAGGUUUCAGUGCUCCCACUGCUCCAAGAGGUUCGCCACCGAGAGGCUGCUGCGCGACCACAUGAGGAACCACGUGAACCACUACAAGUGCCCCCUGUGUGACAUGACCUGCCCGCUGCCCUCCUCGCUGCGCAACCACAUCCGCUUCCGCCACAGCGAGGAGCGCCCCUUCAAGUGUGACUACUGUGACUACAGCUGCAAGAACCUCAUUGACCUGCGGAAGCACCUGGACACGCACAGCAAGGAGCCGGCGUAUCGCUGCGAGUUCGAGGCCUGCAGCUUCUCUGCACGCUCCCUCUGCUCCAUCAAACUGCACUACAGGAAGGUCCACGAGGGUGACUCCGAGCCCAGGUACAAGUGCCACGUGUGUGACAAGUGCUUCACACGGGGGAACAACCUCACUGUGCACCUCAGGAAGAAGCACCAGUUCAAAUGGCCCUCAGGACAUCCUCGCUUCAGGUACAGGGAGCACGAGGACGGCUACAUGAGGCUGCAGCUGGUGCGCUACGAGAGCGUGGAGCUCACAGAGCAGCUGCUCAAGGACAGGGAGAAGCGUGGGGAGGCUCUGGAUGGCUCCAGCGAGUGCGUGGUGCUGCCUGAGGGCGAGGGCAGCCUGCAGGGAAUCCUUCUGGAGCCUCCAGCAAACCCUGCCCCGGCAGAGAACGCAUCAGAGCUGCCUGUGCCCCCUGCCCUGUGCUCUGCUCCCAGCCCUGAGCCAGCACAGCCCAGCCCCUGCCCAGGAGCUGCCUCCUCCUCCUCCUCCUCCUCCUCAGAGCAAGGAGCCAGCAGCAGCAGCAGCCCCAUCAUCCGCGUGGUGAGCAGGACCAACGAGCAGGGCCAGAGUGAGACUGUCUAUUACGUGCUGGCCAGCACAGCCUCGGAGCAGCAGGGCACAGCAGCCCUGGAGCUGGAGGAGAACGUCAUGGACAGGCUGCAGAAAACAGCUGAGGAGCUGGGCAUCCAGAUCCUGUGAGGGGCUGCAGGGCAUCCAGAUCCUGUGAGGGGCUGCAGGGCAUCCAGAUCCUGUGAGGGGCUGCAGGGCAUCCAGAUCCUGUG